GAAUAAGCAAUGGAUCAGUGUACCUAACGUUAGGGAUGACCACAGCAUUGCGACAGUCAACUGUCCAUAAGUGACCAGUGUCCUAGAACAGAGAUUUCGCAAUGGAAAUUAUUUAUAAAAAAUACGCACUAACAUAUGGAAUUUAUAUUCUAGUCAACGUGAAAAAUAUUUAAAUUGUGAUUAUCUAAGAAGUAAUCGGAUUCCUUUGGAUUUACACGUAUUUUAAGUUAAUUAUCACAUGAAUUUGUAAACGAUGGAGCGCAUGGUUUUGAAAUGUUUUUUAGCGUGUGUUGUGACUAUACUUAUCUCCGAUCCGACCCUAGCGGACGAAAGGGUGGGGCGGAAAUUAUCCCGGAGUAAGAGGUUUAUUGAGAUGGCUGAUGAUGUGAGUGGACCAUUCUGCGCCACCCGCCCGGAUGGUCAGUGUUGUCCAGGGAGGGACGACACGUGCACUGUUCCUAUACUGGACUCGACCUGUUAUUGUGAUGUGUUUUGUAACGAAACAGCAUCCGACUGCUGUCCGGAUUUCUUCAGCUUCUGUCACGGUAUCAAUCCGGAGCCCAUCACUCGUGGAUGUCAGCGUGCUGGUCAAGAGUAUCCCAUCAACUACGUCAUCACAGAAAACUGUAACUCCUGCACUUGUAUUGUGGACCCAGCGUUCCAGAACCAGCAGAGAUGGAACUGUACGAAACAUGUUUGUCUCAUACAAACCAAGUUGAUCGGUCAGGUCAACAGCCACGAUAGUGGAUGGCGCGCUGGAAACUACUCCGCUUUUUGGGGCAUGACCCUUGACGAGGGUAUCCGAUACAGACUGGGGACCAUUCCGCCUGACGCAGACGUCAGGAACAUGAAGCCUGUCAGAGGUUAUACCAACACUUACCUUCCGGACGAUUUCGAUUCCAGAAUACAGUGGCCAGGUCGGAUACAUCCCAUUCGCGACCAGGGCAACUGUGGAGCAUCAUGGGCGUUUUCCACAGUAGCAACUGCUUCUGACCGAUUGGCUAUAGAAUCAGACGGAAUUCUUCAGGAGGAGUUAUCUCCGCAACAUCUACUUUCUUGUAAUACCGCCAGAGGGCAGCUUGGUUGUGAAGGCGGAUAUCUUGAUAAAGCAUGGUGGUUUCUUCGCAAGAAAGGGAUAGUAUCUGAGGAUUGUUAUCCAUAUGUCAGCGGUAGCGAUAACGAGGCUGGAAUGUGUAUGCUGAGGAACAAAAAAGAUGCUAAUACAGCACCAUGUCCAAACGGGCAAGCCAAUAGUACGGGUCGGAUUCUCUACUCCACACCACCGUACCGAAUAUCUGACGACGAAAGGGAUAUCAUGAAUGAAAUAUACAAGAAUGGGCCAGUACAAGCUAUAAUGAGAGUAAAGGAAGAUUUCUUUAUGUAUCAGUCCGGUAUAUACCAAUACACGAACACGAUUCCGGACUUACUUCCGGACGACGAUGACAGGGGAUAUCACUCUGUCAGGAUAAUAGGAUGGGGUAUAGAGACAGACACCACCAGUAAUACAUCCGUCAAGUAUUGGCUUUGUGCAAACUCUUGGGGACAUCUUUGGGGCGACAAUGGUUACUUCCGGGUCAGGCGUGGGGUCAAUGAAUGCUCGGUGGAAGAGUUCGUUAUUGCAUCCUGUUGGAGUAGUCCUUCAUUUCAAAGAGUUGUUCCUCCUAGUGCACGCUCAGGCGUAUAUCUGGAAAUUCCAUCUGAGCCAGGCCUGCUGCCGAGUCAACUUCGAACAAUCGGGCCUAUUAACCAUCUAAGGGGAAGACGUCGGAGAUGUAUGUAUAGAAAGUGCUGACCUGAUUAAUCAGACAGAAGUCAGACUGGUUUAUCAUUCGUACGGAUUUAUAUUAGAUAUGUGAAGUACGAAACAUGAAAACAUCCAACUAAUUACCAACAGAUUUCUACCAAUGUAUGCUUUUAAACCACAUUUUCAAAUUAAAUACCGGUUCGAAUAUACCUACCAGUUCCAAUAUACCUACCGGUUCCAAUGAGUCUAGCGGUUCCAAUGUGCCUAUCGGUUCCAAUGAGUAUACCGGUUCCAACGUGCCUACCGGUUCCAAUGAGUAUACCGGUUCCAAUGUGUCUACCGGUUCCAAUGAGUAUACCGGUUCCAAUGAGUCUACCGGUUCCAAUGUGCCUACCGGUUCCAGUGUAUCGAUCGGGUCCAAUGUGCCUUCCGGUUCCAAUGAGUCUACCGGUUCCAACGUGCCUACCGGUUCCAACGUGUCCUUAUAUACUGCAUCCAUGUACAUACUAGAUAUGGUUGAUAAAACAUCUGUAACCGAGAUCAUUCAUUAUUUCAAUGCCUCCGCUAAGAUUCGAACAGUAACGUCUGGCUAACUAGCUGACGCCCAUCGGGUCUCGCUCGAGAAAUGCUCUCUUCAGUCGAGCAGCAUAUAUUGCGGCUUAUAUCAACCAUUGAUACAUACAAUAGUUAUGUAUCAUUCAUACACGCUAGUAUGAACAUAAACACAUUUGCUAUCUACCAAUUUAUAAACAAAUUUUGUAUCGAGAUGUAUAUACAAACUGCUUUAUAUAAAACAUAUUAAUAUCGACUGCACACAUGAAGGAGAACCUACUGGAUAUAUGUUUGCUGCACAUGUGAUUGUACAUGUAAUACACUUAAUAUCUAUUACAUAUAUAUUUAACAUAUAUCGUAUCUUAUGUAGUCAUAUGUUGUUCCUAUUGUAUAUAUAAACUCGUUUUGUACCUACUUAUAUAUACAGCGAAAAUCAAAACCACGACGCAUGUCGUUUUCAUCCUAUUUAGUACCUUGUAUCAUUCAUUACUUUUGUAAUCUAUUCAGUAAAGUGUAUUGUUAUUAUUAUUUAAUGUAAAUCUUACUAUAUGCAGAUAUUUUACAACUGUUUACGAUGAUAUUCUUUCUCAUUUAAACAUUGUCACUGUUAAGAUUCGUUUCGGGGAGAUAAUUCAUUUUAAUGAGUCGUUACAAUGUUUAAAGGACAAUUCAGGGGAGAUAAUUCAUUGUACUGAGUCGUUGUAAAGUUUAAAGGAUAAUUCAGGGGAGCUAAUUCUCUGUAAUGAGUCGUUGUAAAGUUUAUUGCAUAAUUCAGGGGAGAUAAUAAAUGAAAUAUGUCGUUGUAAAGUAAAUAGGGCAAUUCAAGGGAGAUAAUGCAUUGUGGUAAAAAAGAUCGUUUUGACGCUCCAGAUGACGCAUGAUCCCCAUAUGUGAUAUAAAAUAUCUACUGAAAAUAUGCCAAAGCAUAUUCUUUACAUGGCUUAUUUUUCCAGCAGUAUUUUAUUUCUAAAAACCAACCUUUGUAUACGUUAUGAAGGUGUUUGUUCGCCACGACACAUACCCAUAAGAAAUCAUUAAGUGAUGUUCUCCACGGUACAUUCCUUGUUUGGAAUAGAGACACGCCGCUUUCCUCAGUCUUUGCUUGUAUUACAACCCUCUAGAAGUAGAGAAAUUCAUUUGCCUGCGGUAGAACGUUCUUACCAGGUCUAGAAAUCGACUGCUGCUAGCUUAAGUGGCCGAUUCUACUGUGCAGAUAUCAUCCUGUGUAGAUAGGGCUCCUUUCUGUGGUUAGAGAGCUCCUUUCUGUUUUAAGAGAGCUCCUUUCUGUGGUUAGAGAGCUCCUUUCUGUGGUAAGAGAGCUCUUUUCUGUGGUAAGAGAGCUCUUUUCUGUGGUAAGAGAGCUCCUUUCUGUGGUAAGAGAGCUCCUUUAUGUGGUUAGAGAGCUCCUUUCUGUGGUAAGAGAGCUCUUUUCUGUGGUAAGAAAGCUCAUUUCCGUGGUUAGAGAGCUCCUUUCUGUGGUUAGAGAUUUCCUUUCGAUGGUUAGAGCCCAUUUCUGUGGUAAGAGAGCUCCUAGUUGUUGUGAUUGCAAUUGUCAUUUUUCUUGCUCUUUGCAUGCCCCUUGCACCAUUCCUUCUCCACUGCGCAUGUCUUUUGUUGAAAUCUGUGUUCCUUUAUCUAUCUUUAAAUACUGAAAAGCAUGUAAUUUGUAUGACUGAAUCAUACGGUCGCUGUUUCGAUUUCUUUUCAUAGUUAGAUCUCAUUAGACGUAUCUAUGAGGUUUCGAACCUUCUUCUUUAACAAUGGAUAUGUGAAUGUGCUAAUUUUCAGCUGUGUAUAAAUUCGUGGGGAACUGAUUGGGGAGAACAUGGCCUGUUUCGUAUCAUGAGAGGAACAAAUGA